AUGACGCCAUACGAAUUCGCUUUCAGGUUUUCUUACAUGGUACCAAUGAUAACGAUAUCUCAUGUGGCUAUGACGUCGUCGUCUUUUCUCAUCGUGUGCGCUUCGUUUGAGCGUUACUGUCUCACUGUGAAUUCUCCUUUUCUUCCAUUCGCUCAAAAUAAUCGAAAAUUGAUAGCUGGAUUUGCAAUUCUUUUCGGAGUGAUCAGCAAGGGGACGAUGUGUUUCGAGUUCGAGUUCUACGACCUGCCCGAAUGCGAAGGUUUGAUCACGCAAACUCAAAUGCGUUAUCCGGAUUUCGUAUUUGAAACACCGUACCACAUCGUUUGGCGCUUUUGGUGA